AUGCGGCUGCUGAGCUCUUUCCAGACUUCCCUCGUCGCUCUCUUGGCCCUCUGCUGCCGUCCGGGCGGCGCGGAACGCGCCAUAGAAGCGCACCUGGCUGCCGGCAUUAGAGACCCAUCAGAAGAGCCUUUUCCGACGUACGCCUCGGCGGAGAACCGGGAAGCCGAUUUGGAGAAGCUCACCAAACGACUGCAAUAUCACGUCUCACCUACUGGGCCUCUGCAAGAGUACCAGUCCCAGUUCAAGAAGAGCGACCAGGAAUAUUCAGAAGCAGCUGAAGAGAUGUACAAAUCGCUGAACAAGUUCCAAGAGUCGAUCUCGGAAUUCCGUGGCAAGAUCGCUGAUGUGAAUAGCCGGAAGAUCGAGGAGACGAAAGAGAAGAUGUCGGCCAAGCUACCUGGAGUUCACGGUCCACAUCCGCAGGACGAGUACUCAGAGACCGACGAGGACGCAGAUGCGUUGCCUGGAAACUGA